AUGGCAGCUAGAAGUGGUUCUGGGGCUGAGGCAUCGGGACUGGUCAACACCCUCCAAGGCCAUGUCGAUGAUAUUCGCACUCUGAUACAGUGUGGUAUAUGCAUCCGCCCCCUUUACGAACCAUUUACAAUCGCUUGCGGGCAUACUUUCUGCUACUCAUGUCUAUCAUCAUGGUUUGCUGGUGGAAGAUCAAAGCGAACAUGCCCGGAUUGCCGGGCACCCGUCAAAACCCAACCAGCACCAGCUUAUCUGGUUCGAGCCGUUGUGCAGAUGUUCACAGGUCGAGCUGAGCUUUUAGACAAAGGAGAAACGACUACAGAGCAUACAAAAAACCAAAAGGACGAAGCAGAAAGACUAGACCAGGACAAGGCCAACAAUCAUCCAACCGAAGGAGGUCUGUUCGGAGGUCUUUUCAAGCCCAAAGAUCCUCCACCCAAACCUGACCCCGAAGACGGAGUGGUUCGAUGUCCACUCUGCUCGUGGGAACUUGAAGGAUACGAUUGCGCAUCAUGUGGCUAUCGGUACCGGCCAGAUUCUGAGACAGAUGACAGUGAUUCGGCCGACUACAGUGAGACCGACCUAGACUCGAUGGAUGAUGGUAUGGAUGAGGGUGAGGACGAGGAUGAGGACGAGGGCGACGGCGACGGCGAGCUAGGGGAAUCUGACCACUUGGAUGAGAUUGAAGACCAGGAUGGCGUCUGGGGCAACUUUGCGCUUCACUAUUACGGGCCUACAUUCCCUGGACGCCCUAACUGGCCUCCAGGUGCUGACCGGCAGCUUUUCGACCGGCUUGAGAACUUGUUACAUGGACCUCCCAUGAUCCCACUGGGCCCGCCGCUCCCAGUGAAUCAUGACAACUAUCUCGCUUCAGGUAACACCAAUGGAAGUGAAUACGACGAAGAAGAUGACGAAGAAGAAGAGGAGGAGGAGAAUGAGUAUGACGAGUCAGACUCAUUCAUCGAUGACCAUCUGCCCACGAGUUCGUUCAUUGAAAGCGAAGCCCAUCAUCUCGGGAGUGGCGAUAUGUAUGAAUCGGAAUCAGACCGUUCCACAGGCACCGUUGUGGAUGAUGCUGAGGGUGGCCGCCAUCCAAUACCGACUGCGCUCAAUUACAGAAACACCACACCUUACUUUGACGCCGAUGCCUCCUCUGAUGAAGAGGUGGAAGAGGAAGUCUCAGAGGAUUCAGACGACAGGGAGAUGGUCGAUGAAGACUCGGAUGAAUCCGACGAAGACGCAAUUCAGACUACACGGCCUCGUCAAGCCAAUCCACAAUAUCCACAACGGUUCCGAGCCCCCAACGAUGCUUCAUGGCUUGCAGCGAGGCCUCCACCUGAAACAAUUCCGGACUCAUCCGAGGAAGAGGAAUCUUCGCCGCCUAUUAGGCCUGCUAGACCCGAUGCGCGCCGUCCUAUCCCACAUGGGACCACUGCUCACAAUGCGAUCCCCGUCGAUGACUCCGACGAAGAUCAGCCUGUCGGCCCAGUGAGAAGAGCUACACAGAGGCGACGGGCCAGAUUCUCUCCAUAUUAA